GCUCGCGCACGCUGCCUCGGGAGUUGCCGCGUGCCCGUGCACGCUGCUGGCCGGACGUCUGCGCUGUCGUCUGACUACGUGGCUGCGGCUGGAUGCUCGGGAUCGAAGGGCGAGUGGGAAGAGGAGCUGAGAUCCAAGAGACUGGGACACGGCGGCGGCAGUGACUGUUCCUGUCCCCGGCCUGGAGUGUUAAGUCGCUCGUUAAAGCGCUAUCCGAAUGUCGCUGGGCCCUGGGGAGUUGGUCAACCUCAGCCUGUGAUCAGGAUGGUGGGACAGAAGCGACUGUGGAAUCUCCUUGUUGUCUUUUGUACUUGUAGUUUGUUUCUGCCUCUGGCCAGUGCAGAUAUCCACAGAGCCAAUGCCAAGAAGCUGGCACGGAAGGCAGCAGCUGCGCAAGCUGCCAUUGGCAGCAAUAGAUGGUGCCCUGAAAACGCGUUUGAGUUCCGCUCAUGGUCAGAACUAUUCACUGGAGAGCGUGUUGAUGCCUGGAUUUGCUCUUUGAUUGGCUCAGUAAUGGUUGGACUCAGCGGUAUCUUUCCUCUCCUUGUCAUCCCGGUCGAAGCUGGGGCCACAUUAAAAUCAAAAGAUGGGUCCCAACGUUUGAAACAGUUGUUGAGUUUUGCUAUUGGUGGGCUGCUCGGGGAUGUCUUUCUGCACCUAUUGCCUGAGGCUUGGGCCUACACGUGCAACAGUAAUCCAGAUGGAAGCCACAGUCGUAAACAGCAGAGGAAGUUGGGGUUGUGGGUUAUUGUUGGAUUGCUUGCAUUCUUCAUUUUGGAAAAAUUAUUCCCAGAUAAAGAUGAGGAUAAAGAAUAUCACAAAGAACCUUUUGACAACAAGAAUGGACGUGUCUGUGUAGAUAAGGCAGUCAAACACCAUAAAAAUGGAAAACUCAUUCCUUCUGCCAGCACUCAUCGUAAUGGUUCUUGUGUCCAGCUUAAUGGCCACUGCCAUAGCUCCUCUCUGCAGUUCAAGGUUUCAACUCGGCCUGUUCAAGUCAUUAAGAUUAGUGGGUACCUGAACCUCAUUGCCAAUGGUAUUGAUAAUUUCACACAUGGCCUGGCAGUGGCUGGAAGCUUCCUUGUCAGCAGAAAGGUUGGAAUCACAACAACACUGGCUAUUCUCCUCCAUGAAGUUCCACAUGAGGUUGGAGACUUUGCCAUCCUGCUCAGGGCAGGCUUUGAUCGAUGGAGUGCAGCAAAAAUGCAGUUGACUACUGCAUUUGGAGGAGUUUUGGGGGCCUGCUUUGCCAUGUGUGCAGAGUCUCCAGAAGGAGCAGGGGACAGUGUAGCUUGGAUUCUCCCAUUUACUUCAGGUGGAUUUCUGUACAUUGCUCUGGUUUCUGUGGUACCUGACCUCCUUCAGGAAAAGGAUGUGUGGAAUUCUGUGUAUCAGGUGUUGUUGCUCUGCUGUGGGAUUGGAGUCAUGAUGCUGGUCUCUGCCGUUGUUUAACUGAGGCCCUGAAUUAUCCUGGAUCAGAGGGCUGUUUCAGUAUCACCUAGGGAAAGGUAACCUGCAGCCAGCUUUCAUCAGGCCAUUGAUCAGCAAAAUGAACUACUGUACCAUCUCAUUCCUCCCACUACCCUAUGUCUCCUGAAAACUGAAUUUAGUCACGGACACUCGCUAAAUGACUUUUAGCCAGCAGUAAAAUGCUGAACCAAAGAAAAAUGCAAUAAGCCGGAAGUUGCACAACUAGGAACAGCCACUACGUAAAUUGAUGGUGCUUCACUGUCAGACAGCGAACUCCUCAGCUUACCUUAUCAGUCAAGGUGUUGCUUUGUUGGAAGUGCUCAGUCAUCUUGAGUUCCAGGUUUGCAUAGACUGUGGCCCUUACACCACACUUUUUAUUCAAAAGCAGCAUAGGAAAUGUUGCCAGGUGAACGUUGCUGGUUGCUGUCUCAUUGUUAACAACUUGGGGUUUGCCAUUGCUUUUUGACACAGAUCAGAUGUCAACAGCUAAAAGCAUUGUGAUGCUGCAGUAAAUACUGUUACUGCAGUGCUUCCACUUAUAGGGGUCUGCCAAAGUCAAAAAUCCAAAGACAGUAUGGACUUGUGCUGGAGUCAUCAGGGGUCAGUAAGUUCUCCUAAAACAAAAUCAUCAGUAAAAGUUGUCAUUUCACCCUGCUGACAUCCAGAUUAAUGACUCCCUUUUCAACUAUGUUACUAGACUGUAACAAUAAACCAGGAGGACCCACUUCCCAUUGGCUCUUUCCAAAUACCCGCUCAAACACUAUCAAUUUGCAAUAUAACCCUCUUAAUCCCAUUCCCCAAAUACACUCUGUCUAGCCAUCUUGAUCCUAUUCCCCAAACACUGUCUGUCUGACCCUCUCGAUCCUAUUCUUCAAACACUACACAGCUGACCCCCUUGAUCCUCUUCCCCAUAUGCUGUCUGACCCCCUCGAUCAUAUUCCUCAAACACUACAUGUUGACUGCCCCCGAUCCUAUUUCCCAUAAACUGUCUGAGUCCCUUGAUCCUCUUUCCCAAACACUACGUGUCUGUCCUUUCCAUUUUGCCAAAUUAUUACUGGAGUCCCCAAGAUUUCCACACUUCUUGUAAUCAGAUUGCACGUGACUUCAUGAUGAUAGUAUUUGCAGUGGUUAGGUAGCAAAACCAAAAGAAAUGUGCAGUUUCCCAGAUCACUUGGAGUUUACAACCAUAACUAUGCUUUUGGUGUGUGGCGUCUGUCCAUUUACUACAGUGCAAUAACUAUGCCACCUACAAAAUCAAACCUUUUUGCUCAGCACUGCUGUACUAGUGAAAUCAGUCGCAGUGUUAGGAAAUAGAGACAUUCCUUAGUCUGUGUGCUCAAAUGAGGGCUAUGGACCGACUGUUACUACCAGCUGUUAGUGUUAUUGGUGCUGUCUGCUCCUGUGUGAGCCUGUUGCUCAGUACAUGCAACUGAGAUCUUCAGCAUCUCACAGCUAUAUACAGACCCAUUGAUAAAAUGAAGCUCUCCACACUUUCUCCUAUCUCCAGGCAUAGAUUUUAUUUUCCUCAUUAUUUUUAAAACUUUUAUGUAUUUUAAAUCUACUUGUAAAUAUUUAGCAUGAAAUAUUUAAUAAAAUAUGCAUAUUCAGUU